AUGGAUGAGGAAGAAGUUUGGGAUGAAGAAGAGGUUUGGAAUGGAGAAGAAUCUAAGUAUGGAGAAGAAAUUAAGAAGGAAGAGGAUGGAGAAGAAGUUAGGGAAGGAGAAAAAGUUAAGAAUGAAGAAAAAGUUAGGGAAGGAGAAGAAGUUAAGGAUGGGGAAAUAGUUUGGAAUGUGGAAGAAGUGAAGGAAGGAGAAGAAGGUAAGGAAGAAAAUGAAGUUUUGGAUGGAGAAGAAGUUAAGGGUAAAGACGAAACUAUGGAUGGGGAAGAAGUUUGA